GCAGUUGUAACCGGUGUUCACGUCUCGACGUAGCAACGAUUCUCGCAAUUAUUAUGAAGAGUAAAUAGUCGUAUUGGAGAAUAAAAAAUCACUUCCCCGGUCUCACAUGACAGCUCCUUUGUUUUCCGCAGCGGCGACUAUCACCAUACUUAUUUUUUCCAGAAGGCGUACUAAAUACGCGACAGCAAGAAUAUAUAGGUAUAUAGGGGAUGACUAUAGUGCAAGCAUAGACGACAGUGGGCGGCCACGUCGCCUGCUCGAAUUUUUCGCCGAGAUCCGAUCCGAUGGAAAGACCCAAUCAGCUGAGCGGAUCCGCCGGGGCUGUAAGCGGUCGCGCAGUCGGUAACAUUCGGUCUUUCUUAUAAAAUUAUUCUGUAUUUGUAACUCGUCGUGCAGUGUAUUUAUCUAAUACUUUGUUGACAAAUAAUUCUAUGAAAAGUGUACGAUAACGCGUGGAUUACGCUGCGCUUGUCCUGGUAUGUCGGUACCUAAUAAGAAACGCAAGUUUGUGAAAUAAGGAAGUCGCGCGGUGCGACGAACUACUUAGCGAUCGGAGGUUAGGUGUACCAUAACCUUUUGCGUAUAAAUAUACUGCACGUCUAUUUGAUAACAAUUUGGAAAGCCCAACGUGCAGUUAACAAUGGCUAUUGCUCGUUUGCUGGCAAGCUUUAGGAGCAACAUUUUGUCAACAAAUUUCCACAGAAGUAUCUCACUCUCAGCUGCAAGAAACUUGAAAGAAAUAAGGGAAACAAAAGAGGGCAACACAAUUAUAGUAGAAGGAGUCGAUCUGCCUCAUCCAAAAGAGCAUCUUAUGUUAAAAACAUCUGAGAAUGGAGCUUGUCCACUAUGUUCUGCAGGUGUAAAUGUAAAGCACACGGACGUGCUUAUUCUUAAACAAUUUGUAAAUAGUCAGGGUCAUAUGUUACCUCGCAGAAUCACUGGCUUAUGCUAUAUACAACAGAAGCGAGUGGGUAUAAUGGUUACAAUGGCCCAAAAAGCAGGUUUGAUGCCUAAUCUUGCACCACCAAACUCUAAAAAAGAUCCAAAAAAGAGAUAUAAGUGGAAAGCUUUCAAUACAUACUAUGAUGAAACCACAAUAAAACAAAAGUAUUAUUAGUUUGAUGAUACUUAUAUUUUUUAAUAAAUCGUUGGUUUUUUCGUUAUAAUGACUUUACAAUCUCAUAAUUUUCAAAACGUUUAAAAAUACACUAAAAAUCAGUUGAUUAUUUUACUAAUAUAAACAUAUCGUGCAACGAAAAAAACCGUAUAAAAUUAUAGCAACAGUACAAUUUUUGUCUUCACAAAGCAAGAACCACAUCAUUCGCAGUGUUGUUCUUUUACAAUUUUUUAUUUAAAUCACAUUAAAGACUGAAGACCAAGGCGAAGUUUAACAAUCACGAGAUAAAUCUGUACAAAUUUGAUGAUUGACAGUUUUAAAUAAAAAAUGUACGGUAGUUUAAACGGACAAUAGCUUAAGUUACACAAUCAAAAGAUAAAUUCGCACAAGUUUGUUUCGUUUGAUUCGUAGGUAUAGCCAAUCUCUAAAAGUACUUAAACCGUUAAGCACGCUAGAAAAUUAAUUAAGUAAUGCGCAUGUGAUACAUAAGUCAAGACUUACAUUAAACCGAUCAAUUUGUACGUUCACUAAUUCACGCCAUAGACACGACAUUUGCACCCUCAACAACAGUGUCGAUUUUACGCUUCUUGAGCGGACGUGGGUCUAUCGAAGCAACUGAUUUCCGUCGUUCUUCUGAAGCCGGAGUCGCUGGUUGUGCAGUUAUUUUUGAAUUAAUUUCAUUGAUUCGACGUAGACUCUUCAUUAUCAGCAACUCUUCAUUGAGGGUAUAGCGGAUUAUAAUCGAUUUCUUCAUCGCCUUUGCUAUCGUGUUUCGAAUGCAACGUUUCAAAGAAGAAAUUCGUCCAGCAAUUGCGUUCUAUUGUACAGCGACGUCGAAACUCACGUCUCUCGUUCUUAAAGAUCGGAAUCUGUAAACAGAUACAUAUACCUAGCAUGAAGUAUCCAGCGUGAAAUAAACAGUUUAACAGUAAA